GGACGGUGCUCAGUAACGCGCGAACCCGCGUGUGUGCAUUACAUAGGACCGAAGUGUUGUUGUGUGUUUCCCCUGUAGGGGGGACUGGCGGUCGCGAUGACCGAUCAUGGACUCUGGUGGUUCAUGGUAUUAUGUAUAGGGACAACAACGAUACAUGGGCAAUUUCUCGGAAACUAUCGUGGGGCAAACAGGACGGGUCUGUACGGAAGGAGUAACGAUAGGAACAAUGCAAAUAGACAGCGAGUUGCGGGAGGGUCGUAUAGAAACGCAGACGGAGACUAUGAAACAUACUCCAGCGAAUACGGUAGCAGAGUGGAGUACAGACCAGAUGACAGAAACGUAGACUUAGACGAAGAUGAGGAUAAUGAAGAAAGUACUGACCUUUUUGGCGAAAACGUACCGCAAACGUCGACAAGCAGUAGUUAUGGGGUAGGAGGGUCGUACUCGGCCACGUCGUCCUAUGGAAUCUCCAGCGGAGGAGAGCCAAGAGGAAACGAGGCCCCCUCAUCAUCAGAAACCCGAUGGCCUAGUGCUUACAGAGGAUAUAGCAGGAGCGAAUCUUUUGCAAGCACUAGUAGAAGUUCUGCUGUAUCCGGAUCAGUAUCCGGAUCAAUAUCUGGAGGCGACACCAGAUAUGACACAUCCAGAAAUGUUGGCAGUAAUGUCUACACCGAAUCAAGAGGUUAUGAAAGUGCAGGAUCGGCCUCAGGACGGUAUGAUUAUUCAGGAAGAGGACAAUCCGAAUCUGCAAGUAGUUAUGGAGGAUACAAUACAGGCGGUUACAGAGGCUCCCAAAACUACGAUUCCAGUCGUUCUUCCUCUUACGGAGCGGCCGCUGUGUCGGGUGGUUAUGGUUCAUAUCCUAGCAGCCCCUACGAAAAUAGAAGACCGUACUCUAGCAGCUACGACAUUUUUGAAGCACCGGGUAGCUCUUUGGGCCCCAAAAACGGAAGCGAACGAUGUAUUCCUAAGUGCUUUGCAGAGAAAGGUGCUAGAGGUUUUCCUGGUAUUCCUGGUGUACCCGGUGAUAAAGGUAUCCGGGGAUUCCCCGGCGACGAAGGUAUAGCGGGAGAAAAGGGUGACCGUGGUGAAACAGGACCGGCUGGACCGCGAGGCCCUAAAGGUGACAGGGGAAAGACCGGCUUGCCAGGAUACCCAGGUGUUAACGGAGUCUCAGGAUUACCGGGUCCCGAAGGACCACCCGGUAUUCCGGGAUUGGAUGGAUGCAAUGGUACCGAUGGAAGUCCCGGUUUGCCAGGUAUAACUGGCGAGAUCGGACCUAGGGGUUUCCCAGGACCUUUUGGUCCGAAGGGAGACAAAGGUGAACCCGCUUACUGUCAAACCAACUUGAAAGGGCAGAAAGGUGAACCGGGUAGAAACGGAGUUAGAGGAAUUCAAGGCAAUCCUGGACCAGUAGGUCCACCGGGUCCAGUUGGUCCUGCAGGAUUUCCAGGAUCGGCGGGUGCUCGUGGUAUUCAAGGUUUGAAAGGACAAAAAGGUCAAAUGGGCAUCGGUUACAUCGGCGAGAAAGGACAGAAGGGUGAGAUAGGACCGCAGGGUGAAAAGGGAGACUCCGGAUCGGACAGAUUCGUUCAAAACGGAACCGUGCAGAUUGGACCCAGAGGUGAACGCGGUAUGAAGGGCGACAUCGGCAGGAUCGGAUUACCAGGUCCCAAGGGUGAACCAGGACCGGAUGGUGAUUUUGGCAUUCCCGGAUUGACCGGAAUCAAGGGAGAAAAAGGUUUACCAGGUUCCCCUGGACCUAGAGGACGUGAUGGAUACUCGGGACCGCCAGGACCAGUGGGCCUUAAAGGCGACAGAGGCAUGGAAGGCUUACCAGGCCUGAACGGAAGACCCGGCGUCAAAGGUGAACCCGGUAAGGACGGCCCUGCCGGCUUACCCGGCCUACGAGGUCCUCCAGGACCACCGGGAGGCGGCAAAGGAACACCCGGACCACCCGGACCGGCAGGACCCAGAGGAUAUCCCGGACCGCCGGGACCGAAGGGUACGGAUGGCUUCCCCGGCGAGCCCGGCGCAAGAGGACCGCAGGGACUAAUAGGCGGACCCGGCUCACCUGGAACACCUGGAUCAGAAGGUCCGCCAGGUGAGAAGGGCGAUAAAGGAGAAUCUGGUAUGGUUGGUUUCCCUGGUGGGGAGGGGCCGCGAGGGUACCAAGGUUUACCAGGACCACAAGGACCGCGUGGUUUUCCUGGAGAAAAAGGAUUAUCCAUAGUGGGACCCAAAGGACAAGACGGCUCGCCAGGUCGCGAUGGCUUGAAAGGGACCAAAGGUGAAAAAGGGUACCAAGGACCGCGCGGUACGCCCGGCGAUUCAAGGGACGGAAUACCAGGUGAAAUCGGUUUCCCAGGUCCACAGGGAGAAAAAGGUAACGCUGGACGGCCAGGCAUACCCGGAAGCCCGGGUAUCAACGGGAUGAAAGGGGACAAAGGUGGCACCUGCCAGAAUUGCCGCCCCGGUGAGAAAGGAGAUAAGGGUGAAAGAGGAUUCGAUGGUAGAGAUGGUGAGGUGGGACCCAGAGGACCACCUGGGUCACCUGGAAUUAUGGGCGCGCCAGGACUUGACGGCCCUAUGGGAAUACCUGGAGUUCCUGGAAAAGACGGUAAAGAUGGAAUGGACGGCCCUAUUGGACCCGAAGGUCCACCCGGCCGACCGGCCCAAAUACCCAUGAACAUGGUUAAAGGAGAAAAAGGCGAAAAGGGAGAGAGAGGAGAUCGAGGAUUCACCGGUCCCAAAGGAGAGAGAGGUUUCGUCGGACCUAAGGGCGACAUGGGACAACCCGGUUUCCCUGGAGAAAAAGGCGACAAAGGCCUAACAGGACGUCCCGGCAUAAACGGUCUACCAGGUAGAAACGGAGAACCCGGCCAUAAAGGUCUGAAAGGAGACAGCGUCAAAGGAGAAACAGGUUUACAAGGAUUCCCCGGCGAACAAGGAGACAAGGGAGACUCAGGUCCUCCCGGUAGACCCGGCGCUCCCGGCAGAUGCGCGGCAAGUGUCAUAGCUCAAAUGAAAGGCAAUGCCGGCGCACCCGGACAAAAGGGUGACCAAGGACCCAGUGGUUUUCCUGGAACUCCAGGCGAGAAAGGAGAACCUGGUCGUCCCGGUCCCAGAGGAACGAACGGUUUGCAAGGUCCGCCCGGCCCGAUUGGCCGAAGAGGACUACCGGGACCUAGAGGAGAUAAAGGAAACGUUGGACCCAUGGGAUUCCCAGGUGAGAACGGUCUAGACGGAGUAAAAGGCCUGCCGGGACUUCAAGGGCUUAGAGGUGACAAAGGAGAAGCGGGAAUCCCUCAAGUAGGACCACCCGGCAUUCCCGGUCCUGUAGGUGUAAAGGGGGAAAAAGGUUUACCCGGAUUCCCCGGUAAACCUGGACCGCGUGGAAAUGACGGACUAAACGGACUGCUAGGCGAGAAAGGUGACAUCGGAACUCCCGGCCUGAACGGUCUUCCAGGACCCGUCGGUCCCAAAGGAGAACCAGGACCGUUAGGUCCAUCGGGCGUACCCGGACUAACUGGACCAAAAGGAGAACCCGGUCCAAAAGGAGCUAUAGGAUUUUCUGGCGCAGCUGGAAAGCCGGGAUUACCAGGCUUCCCCGGAGCUAAGGGAGAUAAAGGAGAAACCGGACUACCCGGAUUACAGGGACUGAAAGGAACAAUAGGAAGACCAGGCGCUCCGGGUUAUCCUGGUAUGGACGGCCAGGACGGUCCUAAAGGUGAUAAAGGCGAUAAAGGAUAUCCCGGACCACCGGGUCCGCAAGGUUUAGUUGGCAUGCCUGGAGAACGAGGCUUCAGCGGUAGUAAGGGUGAUAGAGGACCAAUUGGCCCUCCCGGUUUACCUGGACCUCCUGGUUUAGAUGGAAUCAAAGGAAAUGACGGUACUCCAGGAUUAACUGGCAGAAAAGGUGAACCUGGUACAUUCGGUGAAAAGGGACAAAAGGGAGAAUAUGGACCGCGAGGUCCUGAGGGCUUGCCCGGUAAACCAGGACCGAUAGGCUUCAAGGGCGAUACUGGAUUGCCUGGAAUCGGUCUUCCUGGUCGUUCGGGAAUAAAGGGUGAUCGUGGACCACCUGGUGUUGAUGGCAGUCCUGGGACACCAGGAAGUAAAGGGGAUCGUGGUCAGGUAGGUCUAUCCGGAAGAAAAGGCGAUCGCGGAUUCCCAGGAAUUAACGGAGAACCCGGUCUGGAUGGAAAAGAUGGGAUGGUCGGUUUGAAAGGUGACAGAGGUUUUCCUGGCAUUCCUGGUCUGACCGGUCUAAAAGGCGACAAGGGACAACCUGGAAACAAUGGCUAUGAUGGACUUAAAGGUGAAAUCGGUCCUCAUGGACCUAUAGGUCCUGUAGGGUUCCCGGGUCUACCAGGAGAUAUAGGCGAAAGGGGACCACCGGGACCUUUUGUGCCUAUUAAAGGAGACAAAGGUGAAUCUGGACCAGCUGGUCUAAUAGGUCGGAUUGGUGACAAAGGCGAUAGAGGAUUCCCCGGAGCACCGGGCCCAGUGGGUGAGAAAGGCGACGUGGGAUUCCCUGGCGUUAAAGGAGAUCGCGGUUGGCCUGGACCAGAAGGAAGAAAAGGUGAGCAAGGUAUUUCGGGACUUCCCGGAGCCACCGGACUAACAGUAAAAGGAGAAAAAGGUUUACCCGGAUUGCCCGGAAAACAUGGAAGAGAAGGCGCUCCCGGCUUGCAAGGCGAAAAGGGUGACAUAGGUCUAUCCGGACUAUCAGGAAGACCGGGACCCCAAGGACCUCCAGGACCUUUAGGACCCCAAGGACUAAAGGGCGACAGAGGAUUUGACGGUGCACCGGGAACUGAAGGACCACCAGGCAGGCCGGGACCUCCCGGAUUAGAAGGUCUCUCAGGUGAAAAGGGUGAACGUGGACCACCAGGUUUAAUAGGUUCUCCCGGCGAAAAAGGCGACAGAGGUCUAAGUGGUUUACAAGGGCCCGUGGGACCUAAAGGUGAUAAGGGUGACAAAGGCCGUGAUGGAUUAAACGGAAUGCCAGGCCUACCAGGCCCGAGAGGCUUUAAAGGUGCUAUUGGACUUCAAGGAGAAUUUGGAGCAAUUGGUAUUUCUGGUGAGAAGGGUGAUAAAGGUAAUGCUGGGCGUCCAGGACUAGCAGGCAUUAAAGGAGAACGAGGUCAACCAGGUUUUAAAGGACUUCCUGGUGCUCUCGGUUUGCCUGGUGUAGAUGGCCGUCCUGGCCAAAAGGGCUUCCCUGGAGAUAAAGGAGACAGAGGUUAUCCUGGCAGUCCUGGAAUCCCUGGACUUGCAGGACCUAAAGGAGAACCUGGAAUAGACGGUAGAGCUGGUCUCGAUGGAAUAAGUGGGGACAGAGGUUCGAAGGGUGAACCUGGGAUACCAUGCGAGCACAUAUCAGAUUAUCUCACAGGAACAUUGUUAGUUCGGCACAGUCAGGCCAGUGAAGUUCCGCAGUGCGCACAAGGACACACCAAACUCUGGGAUGGAUAUUCGCUUCUCUACGUCUCUGGAAACGAGAAAGCACACAGUCAAGAUUUGGGAAUGGCCGGUUCUUGCGUGAGGAAAUUUUCGACGAUGCCGUUUGUGUUCUGCGACAUCGAUAACGUCUGCAACUACGCCAGUAGAAAUGACAAGUCGUAUUGGUUGUCAACAAAUGCGGCCAUUCCUAUGAUGCCAGUGGAGACGUACGCCAUCCAGGAAUAUAUUUCCCGAUGUGUCGUUUGCGAAGCUCCGGCUAAUGUUAUAGCUGUGCACAGUCAAAGUUCGUCACUGCCAGAAUGUCCUUACGCUUGGAGUACACUAUGGAUAGGGUACAGUUUUGUCAUGCACACUGGUGCCGGAGGCAACGGAGGCGGCCAGUCCCUCUCCAGCCCCGGAUCCUGUCUGGAAGACUUCCGCGCCUCGCCCUUCAUCGAGUGCAACGGCGCCCAAGGUCACUGCCACUACUUCUCCAACAUGCUCAGUUUCUGGAUGGCCACCAUCGAGUCCAGCCAGCAGUUCCAGAAACCCCAAAAGCAAACGCUUAAGGCUGGCAACAUUCGCGAAAGAAUCAGCAGAUGCAAAGUUUGUAUAAAGAACACGUAAAAUAUUCAGUCGUUUUAGGAUAACAUUUUUUUGUAAUAACGCGAACUAUAUAUCUUGGUUGUUCGUUUAUGGUUUCUCUCUUUCCAUAAACGAACCAUCGAUAGAAACCUGUGUUCAACCAAUGAGUGUUCCUUCUUUGAGGUACUUGAUCAUCUGCUGUGAUAACAAUACUUGUAACAGGAGAUCAAGUACUUUUGACCACGUGGGUGAAAAUCAAAUUGUAUAAAAAGCUUAUCUCCUAAUACUCUUGUGCCAUGACAAGUAAAUAUUUUGUAUAGUAACUUUAAUUGUAUGUAUGUAACUAAAUGUAGGUACUAUUUCUCUGGGUAAAUAAAAGUAUGCUUUUUUAUAUAUUAUGUACUGUUAGUUUGUUUUUUGUGAUGCUGAUUUUAUCCUUGAUGUCUUUUAUUAUAUAUAGCUUUAAAGAUUUUUAAAUUUCAAUUUGUUAGUAUCUUUCUCAUAAUGUUUUGGUGCUAUUUUAUUUUUUAAUAAUAUCGCAGUGAUUUUUCGUUGCUAAUUUCUCUUUAGAUUUUUAACAUUCCUAUUCGAUAUUCUUCGUUAUUUUAGUCUAGUCAAUGUAGAAAAAAAGGAAACAACACUUAUUCGCUUUGUUUUUAAUGUCAAAAGGAUCACUGCCUUCAUUUUAUUUCGUUAUAAUUUAAAAUGUCUAUUAAUAAGCACUGCCAUAUGUAAUAUUUAUGCGUAAUGUUAAGUAUGUAAUAAAUUUGUUUAUUCUUUACGAAAUACCUACUACAUUAGCUGUAUUACCUACCAAUGCUGUCCGUUUAAUAAAGUAACAGUUUAAAUUAUA